AUGUCAGACAUUUUGUUGGAUUUGCACACUAUGGAAUUCCAUGCUGAGUGAACUUAUGCAAUAUUUUUCAAAUCAUUUCACUAGGAUUAAACGUAUUUUAUCGUAUACUAAUUUUUUAUUCCGUAGAAAAUGCUGCUUCUCCUAGUUGCGACCAUCGGACUAGUUGCUGGACAGGAGGUUCACAAUGUGGCCUUCUCCGCGGGCCUCACACACGACCAGGCCAUCCUGCACGCCGAGACUGUCGUGUACGACAGAGUGUUCGUCAACGUGGGGCGUGCCUACAACACCAGGACGGGAGUGUUCACGUGCCCCACUCCCGGUGUAUACGUGUUUCAGUUCCACUCUCUAACGCACCUUGACAAGUCCACGUGGCUCGAGCUGUACAAGAACUCCGCCUACAUGGCCUCCAUAUACGGUCAUACAGCGGCCGACUACGCAUCCGGCGGAAACUCAGUGGUGCUUAACCUCGUGAAAGGAGACACGGUUUACGUGAAGGCAGUUGACAACAGUUACGGUAUAGACACGAACCUGUACGGGCAGCCCAACGAGGUCUACUCCACCUUCAGCGGCUAUAUGAUCGCUCCUGUGUUCAGCGAGGCGCCCGUGGUCGUACGAAGCAGAUAUUCUGUUCUUUUGAAAGUAUUAAGUAAAAAGCAAAUCAUGAAGUAUCUACUCGGCAUCACGGCUGUGCUGGUUGUACUUGGGGUCUGCACGGCCUUGGACCUUGCCAACAUGAUGAAGUUUGGAAACCACGCUGUGCCGAACAACCGCCUGAAACGAGCGCACGAUGAGACUUUCAUCGCGUUCUCCGCCGGUCUGACAGCCAUGGUGAACGUCAGUGCGAACGCAACCAUCGCCUUCGACAAGGUCUUCAUUAACUCAGGCAAUGGCUAUAACAACAGCACUGGAGUGUUCACGUGCCAUCAUGACGGGGUCUACGUGUUCCUGUACCACGGACUUUCGGAAUCGGCUGGGUCGCUAUGGAUGGACCUCUACAAGAAUGGGGUGUACCAAAUCACCGGGUACGCCCAUAAUGAGAACGAAUACGCUGCCGCCAGCAAUGCCAUUCUCCUCCAACUUGUUGAAAACGACACCGUCUAUAUCCGUGGUCACGGUACCAACCAGCUGUACGGAAAGCCGGACGAAACCUACGCCACGUUCUCGGGGUUUAUCCUUAUACCGCAAGGUCAAGGACACGGGGAAAAUGGAGGAAAUAAUUGAAAUUAAAGUGUGUUCUGUUUGAAAUGAACAUGAAAUAAAUUCUGAUCGAGUGUGUUCAUUUAAUAAAAUGUUUCCAAAUCGU